AUGUCUAGAAACCCAGUUAAAAGCCAAAUCGAGUCCACAACGCCGGCUUACCCGCCGCCGCUGCAACCUGGGCAGACCAUCCAAGAGGUAGCAGGGGCGUAUUUAGAGACAUUUAGGGGGAAAUUACCUUCCAAUUAUUUCUGGGACUGGCAGCCGUUUUUCGAGGCGCUGGUCGAAGGGAACAUCUCCGUUCAUGGUGUUAGCAUUGUAUUCCCGCCCGACGAAAAUGAUGAAAUGGGCUUUCCAGAUGAUGGCCGGGGGCGCGACGGCCAUAUAACUGUUAGGGGAAAGGUACCGAAGCCGCCUGGUAGCGGGUCGUGGAAUUACACGUGGUAUAUUCCCGAAUGGUCUCACCCUGAUUUUGACCCGAGUUUCACGGUGUCAUACUCGAGAGGAUUCCGCCAGCUAGGCUCUAGGGAUCCGAUUGUUAGACUUUACCCGGCGUUGCGGCCCCAGGACCAACUUCAGAGGCCGACAGAGUGGGCGAAACGCUUCGGUAUCUAUCCGGGAGAACUCGGGGGUCGAAGUCGUCUUAGUCCGACGUUAUCUGCGACUCGAGAUCCGUGGGAGGACUACGCGAAUCAGGUCAACUUGCUCCCAGAAGAAGCAAGAAGAAAACUCGCUCAAGAGACGAAAGAUGCGGCGCUGAAGGCAGGGAAACCCCUUCCUCCUGAAGGCUAUAUCGACAAGGAUGCGUUAGAUAAUUUGUUGAAUUCCGAGAAGAGGUUGACGGGAAAGCAACUACGGGUAAAGGUUGCGGCAUACCUAACUGACGAACAUGUUCCUCUUAACCUGCAAGUCGAACCUCCUACUACCUUGGAAGAGUUCAUAGACGACCUUCGGGAAAACCAUCCGCAUAUCUUAGAUGCCCAUAAGACGUAUUUCCAGAAGGCUUUAGAUGAUCAAGAUUAUCAGCGGGUCAUGUUCCAUGAUAUGACGUCCGACGAGAUGGUAUAUAACAAUAUUUAUACACAGUCUAACGAUCCGAUUUGCGAUCUUGAAGGUCCGAUUCAUCCUGUUCUCACAAGAGACAGGUGGAGAGAUUCCUCAUCAAAAGGGGCUGAAAGAUUCGACCCUCGAUAUUUAUAUAACCUAAAUGGUGUAAGAGAGGAAUGGGAUAUGAAAACGAACGAUACUCUAUGGGCUGCGAUACAACCAGCGCUAUUGCUUGUAUCAAAAAUGCUUUUAAGCGGCCAUCCCGGCAUACGAGAUUUGAUGGACCUAAGGACGCGAUACAAGAUUCCGGACGACCUAGUUGCAGAGCGAGAAAAUCCCAGGACGCCUCAUGUCGUUGGAUACAGGUCUAUGGAGAAGACGGUUUUGAAUCUCGAAAAUUCAUGGCCGGAGAUGAUUCAGCUAGAUCGAUUGGGAUACGAUUUUAUCGAAAAUGUGUGGAGGGUUCUCUUCUAUUGCCUUCGCUUCGAUAUCAGUUGCGCUUGGUUUGAGCCCAAUGAGUCGGAAGCAAGAUCUGCUGUUGAUGGCGUCAAUGAGGCCAGGACCUUGAUAUAUGGUGUAACUCAGCCGAGUGGUCACGGCAAGGAUAGUAUUAUCACUAUUUGGCUGGCGGCUGAGUUGAUAUGGCCGUUGCUGGUGCCUCAAUAUAGCCAAAGCGAGAAGUUGACGGCGUCUUUCCUACUUGCCUCGACGUUAUUACAUGAGUUCGGUGUAAGAUAA